AUGAACAAGGAAGCGAGCGAGUUCGAGCCAUGCUGGGACGUUCUCAGGUCCGCACUGACGGACAUCCACAACAAGGACGCAAGCCGUCUCUCCUUCGAGAACCUCUACCGGGCCUCAUACAAGAUCGUUCUGAGGAGGAAAGGCCAACUACUCUAUGAGAGAGUUAAGGCCUUCGAAGAAGAUUGGUUCCGCGACCAUGUCCUUCCCGUCAUAGCCGAACUCGUGUCGAACAACCUUAUCAGUAUCUCGCUGCUACGGGCACCGGGAGCCAGUGCGCACGAGCGGCGCCAGACGGGCGAGAGAUUUCUGAGAGGUAUCCGCAGCGCAUGGGAAGAUCACAAUACGUCGAUGAACAUGGUGGCCGAUAUUCUCAUGUACCUUGAGCGUACUUACGUCUCGGACACGAAGCAGCCUUCCAUAUUUGCGGCGACCAUCGGGCUAUUCAGAGACCAUAUUCUUCGAAAUAGCCUGGGCGGCGCUGCAGGCCAGCUUGACCAGCCGUACGUCAUCUUCGACCUUGUCAAUGCGGUCAUGCUUGAUUUGAUCAACAUGGAUCGAGACGGCGACAUCAUCGACCGCAACUUGCUUCGGCAAAUCACUUCAAUGCUGGAGGCACUUUACGAAACGGACGAUGAGCUGGAGAACGCAAAGCUCUAUUUGACCGUCUUCGAGCCCCGGUUCCUCGCCGCGAGCCAAGACUUCUACCGCCUCGAGUGCGAGAAACUCCUCCGCGAGGGAAAUGCAGGCACCUGGCUCCGCCACACUCAACGGCGGCUUCACGAAGAGGAGGAUCGGUGCACCACGUCGCUUUCCGUCCUUACAACAGACAGGAUUGCGAAGGUGGUGGAGCAGGAGCUUAUCGUCGCGAAAUUGAACGAUUUCCUUGCCAUGGAGGGGAGCGGCAUGAAGGGCAUGAUCGACAACGACCGUUUCGAAGAUCUGUCGAUCCUUUACCAGCUUAUCUCGAGGGUGGACAAGUCGAAGAAUGCGCUCAAGGCCAUCCUCCAGAGCCGCGUGAUGGAUCUGGGUCUAGAAAUCGAGCAGACGCUCAAGAACACCGACUUCUCCACCCCGGCUGCCGGUGCAGAGGCCGAAGAUGCGAACGAGGACAAGUCGAAGUCCCAGCCACUGAGCGCAGCAGCCCAACAAACGGCAGCCGCAAUCAAAUGGGUUGACGACGUUCUGCAACUGAAGGACAAGUUCGACAAUCUUUCUACCCGCUGUUUCAACGGGGAUCUCGUCCUCCAGUCGGCGGUGACUAAGAGUUUCUCAGAAUUCAUCAACAUGUUCAACAGGAGUUCGGAAUACGUGUCCUUGUUCAUCGAUGAUAACCUCAGGAGGGGCAUCAAGGGCAAGUCGGACGAUGAUGUAGAGAUUGUGCUGCAGAAGGCAAUCAUCCUCCUCAGGUAUCUGGCGGAUCGAGACUUGUUCGAGCGGUACUAUCAGAAGCACCUCGGCCGGAGGCUGCUGGGCAACAAAUCGGAAAUGCACAUCGAGAAGGAGCUGGUCCGUCGCAUGAGGGCUGAAAUGGGCAACCACUUCACGUCCAAGUUCGAGGGCAUGUUCAAAGAUAUCGAGCUAUCGAAAGACCUGUCGGACAACUACCGGGAUCACGUCCGGAAUCUCGGCGAUGUCGAUACAAAGAACAUCGACCUCGGCAUCCACGUCCUUACGACGAACAAUUGGCCACCAGACGUCAUGGGCCGCACAGCCGUCCAGGAAGAUGGUAACAGGGCAGAUUGCAUCUACCCGCCUGCAAUUAAGCGUCUACAGGAGAGCUUUUUCAAAUAUUACCUAAAGGACCGGAGCGGCAGGGUACUCACAUGGGUGGCAUCUGCCGGCAGCGCCGACAUUAAGUGCGUGUUUCCGAAGGUCCCAGGCAAAGAAAGUGGGCCGUUGAGCAAGGAACGGCGCUACGAGUUGAACGUCUCGACGUACGGCAUGAUCGUGCUCGAGCUCUUCAACGACCUAGCCGAUGGGGAGAGCUUGUCCUUUGCCGAUAUUCAAGCCAAGACCAACAUCCCCACGCAGGACCUGACCCGGACGCUGGGCUUGCUCUCAAUACCGCCGAAGUCGAGAGUCCUCGCCAAGGAACCAAUGUCUAAGAGUGUCAAAACCACCGACAGGUUCUCGUUCAACGUCCAGUUUUACAGCAAGACCAUCAAGAUCAAGGUGGCCGUCAUUAGCAGUACGUCUAAGGUGGAGGAUAACGAAGAGCGGAAAGAAACGGAGCGGAAGAAUGACCAGACGAGGGCGCACGUGGUGGAUGCGGCGAUCGUGCGGAUCAUGAAGCAACGGAAAGAGUUAUCACACACUCAGCUUACGACAGAGGUUAUUGGUCAGCUAGCGGGCCGCUUCAAGCCCGAGAUAUCCAUGAUCAAGAAGCGGAUCGAGGAUCUGCUUAACAGGGAGUAUCUCGAGCGAAUAGCGGGCGAGACAGCCGCGUAUCGCUACUUGGCGUGA